UGGCGAGAUCCCCAGAGUUUGCAAAUUUCCUUAUCCUGUUUAAACUUCCUGCUGUAUUGUCGCGAUAAGUAUUAAAUUUUUCCAAGAGUACGUAUCGCUAUUAAAUAUUACGUAUCGUACUCUAACGAUUGCGCAGUGACUGUGAUUUGUGCGAACACACAUACCAGUGACAAUUUCCUUCGUCGCGUAUGCGUGCGGUGGAUUUCUGACUCGAGGAUCGAGGAUCGAUCCUUACACUACUCACGGACUUCAAAUGUCUGCAGGACUUAGACCCCGCCCUGUUUGACGCCAGGAACACGCGAGGCGAGAGAGUCUAGACUCGAACCGAAAUACGAAAAAUGGAGAAGAAGAUGGAGAAUAGUGGACUAACGUGGUCUUUGCUGUUGCUACUGAUCUGCAUUCAUCAAAGCAUGCAACAGCCAUGCCAAUAUAGAGGGUCGGGCUGUUAUUUUCAGCAGAAUAAUGCCGAUAAAUGCGAGUUCAAUUGUCCGUCAUUCUCCGCGGAUUCCAGAUUUGAUAUUCAUAUCUGGUCAAAGGAUGCUGUGGAAAUACUAUGCAACAGUGAACCACCUUGGUCAAUUUUCAAAUUAAAUUCAACUGGCGAAGUUGAAGAUGUGAAUGAGGUUCGAUUCCAGACAUGUUUUCUACCUGAAGUGCCGUUACACGAAAUAACUGAAAGGAUUGGCGUUCAACCGACAAAGAAGCUGAAAUUUGAAUCGUACAGAAAUCUGAGCUCUAUCUUGAAGCGCCGUCAUUUGUCAGGAUUUCCGAAAAUAGAGGAAUUAAGUUUAAAUUCGAAUAAUUUGCGUCAGGUUCCAGAUGAUUUAUUGGAUGAUUUCCCGGAGUUGAUCACUUUGGAGUUACGACAAAAUGAAAUAGAAGACCUGCCCAAAAAUUUUUUCAGCAAUUUAUCAAAGUUGCAGACUCUGGACCUCGGGAAUAAUAGGAUGACGCGUAUGAAUCCAUCGCUAUUUUCUGGUCUUAAUCGGCUCAAGUUGUUGCAUCUUUGGGGUAAUCGCUUGACUGAUAUUGAUCCAUACACAUUUGUCGGUUUGACUGAUCUAAGAAGCCUCGGUUUGCAUAAUAACAACCUAACGACCCUUCGCCCGGAGGUCUUCAAGUCUCUGACGAACCUAACCGACUUGAAAAUUUCGGGGAAUUAUUUUACGUCGCUGCCUGAAGAUUUAUUAUCCGAAAACCGCAACUUGACAAAGUUAGCUUUGACAUUCAAUCGAGUUGUUUUGAUCACGUUACCCAACAGAUUUUUAAGCAACCUGCCUCGACUACAAGACGUAUACUUGCAAUACAGUAAAUUGACGCGCUUACCGGAAGACUUACUUUCAAAUAGCUCGGCAAUAAAAAUUCUUGAUUUAAAUCACAAUUCGUUGUCUACUCUUCCGAAAAACAUAUUCAAGGAUUUAACCAAUCUCACAAGUCUAAACUUGAGUUGGAACAAGAUAACGAGUCUUCCCGAUCGCAUAUUCCAGUCAAUGGCAAAACUUGAGAGGCUGGAGUUGCAGAAUAAUAACAUAUUCAAAAUUACUCAAAAUUUGUUUUCGGGACUUGGCGCUUUGGAUAAUUUGAACUUGGAAUCAAACGGAAUGCGGAUCAUUGAACGAAAGAGCUUUGGGCCGCUAACGUCGUUGAAAAUUGGACGAUUAUCGAAUAAUAAACUCACCCUGAUUGAUGACACGUUUCCAGGCCAAUUUUCACCUUUCGAUAGUUGUGUAAACUUAGUUGAACUAUACUUGGCCAAUAACAGUAUUGCGCAGAUUUUCUCAGACUGGCAGUACAUACUGUCGAAACUUAACAAGAUAGACCUGAGAUAUAAUCAGCUUUCCGAAAUAAAAGCUGAUGAUUUGCAAUUCUUUUCGGAUAAACUGACACUUGAUAUCAGACAUAACAAUAUCAAAGUAAUCGACUUAUCCUUCGCUCCAGCACUCGUUAAUUAUCAACACACAAAACUCGCCGCCGAUAGAACUGUAAUUGUAUUAGUGGAUGAAAAUCCAAUUGUCUGUGACUGCAGCUUGAACAGUUUUCUCGAAUAUUUGGACGGACAGAUGCAUCCAGACGUUCAAAAACUGUUCCACAUAAAACCUGACCAGUUGAAGUGCAGUGGCCCGGAAUAUAUGACAGGAACACGUGUCGCAGAUUUGAAAUACAAAUCUUUCGAAUGCCACACGUUGACGUGCGUGGAGGAGUGCAAUUGCCUGUUACGGGAAAAUGAUAAUACUAUCAUCGUGAAUUGCUCCCACAGAGGUCUUCGCGAAGCACCAAGGGGAUUGAUGAAUCUGACGCGUCGCAACGUCGAACUUGAUCUGAGGGGCAACUUUUUGACCGAGAUGCCAUCGUUUGGUAAAUCAGGUUACGGGAACAUCACGGCGCUUUUGCUUUCGCACAACAACAUAUCCAGUUUUUCGGCCACUCGCGUACCUCCGACACUUCAGGUAUUGGAGCUUGACGGAAACGACAUGAAACGAAUGAAUACGACAGCUCUGGGAAUUGUUGUGAAUUCGACGCCCCUGAAAAGGUUGACGCUCCACCGAAAUCCGUGGAUUUGCGAAUGCGAGGCGAACAGUUUUCGAGAGUUCAUCCAGAAUAACGGGAGGAGACUACCGGAGAUAUUGAAUACGUCUUGCGGGGAUGCAGCCCAUAGAGGGAAGACUCUCUCAACGUUGACGGCUGACGAUUUGUGCCCGUCGGCGACCAGAAAAAUUAUAGCAGGCAGCGUCAGUGUCGCGGUGGUCGGUUUGUUGUUCGGCAUUGUUGCAGCGUUGUGCUUCAAGUACCAAUUCCAAAUAGAAAUAUGGUUGUACAGCCAUCGAUUGUUCGGCAAGCUUUUUCCAGAGGAGACAGUGGACAAGAAUAAAAAGUACGACGCGUUUAUAAGCCACGCUCACCAGGAUCAAAAGUUCGUCGACGAAGAGCUGAUCCCUAAGCUCGAAAACGGCACCGACGCGUUCAAACUGUGCGUUCAUUACCGUGACUGGAAUGUCGGGGAAAUUAUACCGGAGCAGAUUACGAGAAGCGUCGAAGAAUCAAGGCGCACGAUACUCGUAGUCUCCCCAGAUUACGUAAAAAGCGAGUGGGGGAAACUGGAGUUCCAAGCAGCUCAUCGUCAGGCUCUCACCGAGCGCAGGAGCAGAGUCAUUAUCAUCGUUUACGGCGAAAUCGGGCCCACCGACCAGUUGGACGAGGAACUACGGGCCUAUUUGAAAAUGAACACUUACGUGAAGUGGGGAGAUCCUUGGUUCUGGGAGAAGCUGGUCUACGCGAUGCCUCAUUACAGGCGGGGAAGACCUCGUAAAGAAAAUGUACAAAGCAGAAGGACGCAGAGAGAAAAAAACAUAUUGAGAAAGCACCAGCAACUCCUCCAACUUAAUCCGGACAGAAAUGUACUCGUUCAUCCGCCCGGAGCAACGGAUACACCAUCUCCGCUUACUACUCCUCCAGCGAACUCGCUAAACACUUUUAUGUCUAAUGGCAGUGCGAAGGGUGAAGUUGUGAUAACAGAUUGUCUGAAGAAGGAGGCGGCCAAUAUCAAGGCUUCCAAUAAUCAGAUUGACUUAACACAGGAAAGACAGAGUUUAGACGGGAAAAUAAUCGGUGGAAAAGACAUGAUUCUUUAGAAUCUGGUGAAUGUAGUAGCAUAAUCAAAAGCAUAUACAGUGAUCAACUGAGUCACGUAUAGUCAACUCUCAUGGUCCUAAAAUUUGUUCAACCAUUUCUACGACAUGCCUAUGUGUAUGAAAAACCAUAAACAAUAUUAUAUUCAGAUGCAAAUAAUAAUAUGGUGGAUCACGUUCAACCAUAUUUACCUACUUGAAUAUAAUGCACGAUAAUAUAAUAAUAUACCUGUAUAGCCAGUACUGACGACUUAGGGCAGAAAAUUUAUUUUCUUUGCUCAAGAAUGAACGACCUCGCAUAACUGCAUUAGAACGUAAACUUUCAAUCGCCAUUGUAAAUAUUUAAUUUAAGACUGACUGAUUGUAACAGCAAGUUGAAAAAUAAUCAUCAAAAUAUGUUCCACUGAUAUACGCUAGCAGAUAUAAUAUAAGAUAAUUUUAUACUCGUGAUGAGACGUAUCCUAAAUAUUUCAGCACAGAGCCGUGCAAUAAAAAAAAACUGUGAUUUGUUUGAAAUCGACGAUCAUUUAUGACAUCACACAAAGUGAAAAUAUUUACGGAUUGUUGUACAUAUUAAUUAUUGCAAGUAUAUAG